GGGGAGAGUCCCCAAACGACACCUCGCCGCGCACCGGUCCUUGGUGCAGUUUGUAAAUGUCCCUCCUGUGUCCCAAAACGAAAACACUCCUAUAUUUUCUAGCGCCUUCCAGAAUGGGGCAGCGGAAACUAGUGUUGGGACAAAGGAGGCGAGCGGGGCCUUUUCGGGGCUCACAGAGGACCCCUCGGAGGCGCGGCCGCCGGGGAGAGCGCGACAGCACCCCGCCCCCCGCCAGCCGGGCGGGGGCCGCUCCCGAGGUGACAGGAGAAGGCGGGAGGUGGAGGAGAGAAGGUCCCGCCCCACCUCGCUCUCCUUUACGGGAAGUGAUGUGGGGCCAGGCGGAAAAUACCCGCCAACGACCCAAAAAAGGCCGGCGGCGGGUGGACGCGGCGCGCGAGGACCCGAGCCAGGCGGGGACAGGACUGCGGGGCGAGCCAGACAAAAAGUAACCUUCCUGAAGAGGACAUGUGAUUGGAAGUUGUCAAUUGUUGAAGCAUUGGUAACUCCAGUCUCUAACGUUUUAGAAAAUCAUAACAAGCGGUUCUCUACCCUGUAAAGAUUUAUGUGAUCCCAAUGCAAUGCAAUGCAAUUCCAAUAAGAAUCCCCAUAUGGUUUUUGAGGAACUCAGAUGGAAAUGUGAAGGGUUCAUGUCCUUGGUAAGGAAAGAAAAGAACAUUGCCUGCAUAUUGACGCUUGGAAGCCAGAUUGCUGGAUGCUGCUGCUAAUAACAGCUAAUACUUACAUAGGACUUACUAUGUCCUGUGCACUGUUCCAAACUUUGUGUGUAUACACUAGCUCAGUCCUCACAAUAGCCCUCAGAAAUAGCUUUAUUAUUGUGCUUCAUUGAGUCUAAAAUAUAUUGAUGAUGCAUUCUUGACCUUGCUAGAAGAUGCUAACAAAAAGCCUUCACACAACUGUAUCUCUAUUGCAAUUGCAAUAAUAGCAAUUGCAAGAUGUCUUGGAUUGUAAGACUGAAAUAUGAGGAGCCCAAGGCAAAAGAGACUAAAUAAAUUUUCCAAAGUUACGUGACUGGACUCAAAUACAGAACAGAAACCUGGAAAUCUAAGGCUCAGAGACAUCCAAGUAAUUGGUAUCUGGGAGAUUUGGGAUUCAAACCCAGCUCUGCUUGACUUGAGGCUCUGCCCUUAUCCACGGGCUAGCCAUACCUGAAACGUGAGGUUGCAGAUCUGCACUGAAGCACUCUGAGGAAACACACUGCAGUGGCUCUUGGGGCUCAGCAUUCAGGAGUUUUCAGCAUAAGGUGAACUACUGAGUUCUUCAUUAUGUCUGAUGGAGAUUAUGAUUACCUCAUCAAGUUUUUAGCUUUGGGAGACUCUGGUGUAGGGAAGACCAGUGUACUUUACCAAUAUACAGAUGGUAAAUUUAACUCCAAAUUUAUCACAACAGUGGGCAUUGAUUUCAGGGAAAAAAGAGUGGUGUACAGAGCCAAUGGGCCGGAUGGAGCCAUUGGCAGAGGCCAGAGAAUCCACCUGCAGUUAUGGGACACAGCAGGGCAGGAGAGGUUUCGUAGCUUAACAACAGCGUUCUUCAGAGAUGCUAUGGGUUUUCUUCUACUUUUUGAUCUGACAAAUGAGCAAAGUUUCCUCAAUGUCAGAAACUGGAUAAGCCAGCUACAGAUGCAUGCAUAUUGUGAAAACCCAGAUAUAGUGCUGUGUGGAAACAAGAGUGAUCUGGAGGACCAGAGAGUAGUGAAAGAGGAGGAAGCCAUAGCACUCGCAGAGAAAUAUGGAAUCCCCUACUUUGAAACUAGUGCUGCCAAUGGGACAAACAUAAGCCAAGCAAUUGAGAUGCUUCUGGACCUGAUAAUGAAGCGAAUGGAACGGUGUGUGGACAAGUCCUGGAUUCCUGAAGGAGUGGUGCGAUCAAAUGGUCAUGCCUCUACGGAUCAGUUAAGUGAAGAAAAGGAGAAAGGGGCAUGUGGCUGUUGAGAAGUCAAGUAAGCGACAUAGUAGUUCAGGUGGCCCAUGCCUGGGAUCUUCUCUAUGAUUGAUACAUGGCACAGUGAGAGAUUAAUGGGCAUUGUGUACAAAUUGCUUCUCACCAUCCCCAUUAGACCUACGAAUAAAGCAUCCGGUUCUAAAAUUAAUUUGUUGCAGCUUUGUAAAUAUUUCUUUAAGAUUCAGCCUGAGAGUUAGGAGAAAUAUUUCAGAGCCAGAAGUGCCUUAUAAAACCUUAGCCUAUUAUAGUAGAUCAUUCAAGGAUUCAGAAUUUUGCAGUCACAGAAGAGUGUAUUUAUUAUGUAGAAUGAAUGAGGGUACUGUCACCUGCCUUAAUGUAGGUAGGCCCAGAGUCUUACAUUUAAGAUCUUACAUGCAGUUAUAAAACCGCCACAGUCUUCAAUCCAGAUUUAAAGACUCAUGCCAUAGGUGACAUUCUAAAAUACCAUUAAAGCCACUUAAAUGUUAAAUAAGAGAAUAUACAUGCACAUCAGCUCAAUGUCUUUGAGUAUUAAUUUUAUGUAAGCAUUCUAUUUAACAUGAAUAUAGGACAAAUCAUGGCUAUAUCUAUAGACCUUGGAUAAACUGGAUUGACCAAUUAUACACUCACAGUGACUUUUUUGUUGGUGGGAAGGGGAUUGGGGUGGGGCAGGCUGGCUUAAUGUAAUAUGAGCAACCAAAGUGGGACUUCUGUCUCCCCGCUAUAUUCCCAUUGCUCUGAAUGGUUGAUUGAAGGGUCAGGGAACUAGAUUUUAUGGCUUUAGUUCACUGUGAUUGUACAUUUAUACUUGGCCUAUGUGCUGGCCGCACCUGAACAUAGCUGGUGCUUAUGCCGAGUUAUUUGUGAUGAGUAAAUAUUUAGUUUCUUUUUCUUCAUAUUUAUAAUGUUGAUCUGGCAUCCUCAGGCUGCAGCUUUAUUAGCUUAUAAAUUACUCAUCUCUGUCUUUACCAGCAGGCUCUGUAUUGUUGAUAUUUGCAACUUGUUUUGCUUUUCCAUUGGUGGAAUUGAAAUAAUUAGUCUUUAAUUACAUAAGAUGCCUGUUUGCUAUUUGGUGGAAGAUAGAUGUUCAUAUUGAAGCAGUCACAUUUGUAUUGUAGUUCAAUAAAAGAAAAAUGAAGUAUUCUAUAGCCUAUAUUUUUCAUAGAGCUCACGAGCAUUUACUGUACUUGCUGGGUCUUGCCAAGAUCAUUUAUUCCGCUGCAUUGCCAAAGUGUCUUCAUACCAAAUUAAAGGUGGUUUUAAUAUAUGUUUCAUGGAAGUUGUUUAUAAAAUUCAAAGGUAUUUCAUUUAGGUGAAAAGUCUUAUUUAUUAAAGUGGUUUGAAUAAAGUAGAUCAAAACUUCCAGAGAUCUUAAUGGCUAUUUAGGAAGAAAUAUCACUCACCAUAAUUUAAAUAAAGAAUAAAAAUACAUGUAUUUUGUGGUGGCAAAUGUUUGGUAGAACUGUAAUUAGAAAAAUACAAGUAUAUUUGGGUGAUGGUUACACUAGAAGCCCAGACUUUACGACUACACAAUAUAUUCAUGUAUCUAAACUGUACUUGUACCCCCUAAAUUUAUUUUUAAAAAAGGAAAAAUAUAAGUAUCAUGAAAAAACCUAUUUUUUUCCCACUGUCCUUCCACUACUCCCAUAACAAACAUAGCCAUGGUUGGUAAAAUUUUACAUAUUUCUAUCCUUGAAAUGAAGGCUUCUUUUAAAUUCCAAAGAAGUCACGGAGGCCUGUGCAUUUGAAUUGUAUAUGCUAGUGAGGAAAAGAUUUAGACAUUUCAAGAGCAGGGUUGCCAGGCGCGGUGGCUCACACCUGUAAUCCCAGCACUUUGGGAGGCCGAGGAGGGCGGAUCAUGAGGUCAGGAGAUCGAGACCAUCCUGGCUAACACGGUGAAACCCCAUCUCUACUAAAAAAAAAAAAAAAAUGGGCUGGGCGUGGUGGUGGGCACCUGUAGUCCCAGCUACUCAGGAGGCUGAGGCAGGAGAAUGGUGUGAACCUGGGAGGUGGAGCUUGCAGUGAGCCGAGAUCGCGCCACUGCACUCCAGCCUGGGUGACAGAGGAGACUCUGUCUCAAAAAAAAAAAAAAAAAAGAGCAGGGUCAUAAUCACACUGCAGUGCCUUAUAUAGUUGCCAUAAGACUUCAGUGCAGUACAACAUAAUCUUACAGCUACAUAUAAGGGCAUAUUCUAUAUGGUGUAUUUGUGUUAGAAUAACACAUUAAAUGUCUUUAAACAUAGAAAUAAGAAUGUUUGCAUGUUUCAGUUUUCAAGAACCAAAUGAGUAAUUAGCUAUAGAUUCCACUGGCCUUAAACAUACAAUUAAGUGUAUACAUGAUAUAGUGCACACACAAAAGCCACCUUUAAUUAUUGAAAUAACCUGUAUUCUUUUUGGAAAUCAUUUAAGUUUGGUAUUGAAGUACUAUAUUUUUUGUGCAUCAGUGUAUUUUUCUAUUUACAAGCCUAUGUAAAAGUGAAGUGUAUCUUCAGUGAACCAUGUGCCAAUUAAGCUGUAAUAAAAAAGUGGUCUAGUCUGUCAAA